AAAUUCGUCCGGCGCGCACUCUUUCGCACACGCGCGCAUCGCUCCUCCGAAGACCCGACCGGACCACGAGAGCCGCUGUGAUACUCUCCCGGAAUCGCAUUCAGUGUCGUUCGCUGACCGUCACCAGACGUCCGGCUCACUUUCGCAUUGACCUGUCGAUCGCAUUUUCUUUUUCCACCCCGUCACAACAUAAUAACGCAUACUACAGAGACACGCAAUAUCACAAUACCUACCCAUUGACAACAUCAUUUCAAUAAAAAAUACUAUCUUACUAUUCCAAUCUUCUCUCCGUCGUCGCCCAGUGAUCGCCACCGGCCGGUGUUGCCGAUUUCGUUGAUAAGACAACAAUACUUACGUCCGAACACAAGACCAGCGACAGCCACAGUCAUGACCACGACAGUUUCUAACGGCAACGGCACUGACGUGGUGAGCCUGCUGAAAAAGACCAAACCCCCGGCACUGAAGAAACUCGCGUCGUGGAAAGACGAAAACGAAUUCGACAACACGGGCAACCCCAAAACGCCCAGAACUUCCACCACGCCGGGUAAGACACCGGGUCACGAGAACUGCACGUUUCACCACGACUUAGAGCUGGACCACAAGCCGCCCACCCGGGAAGCCCUGUUGCCGGACAUGACUGACUCAUACAAGAUGCUUUUGAGUGCGUUGGGUGAAAACCCCGAGCGCCAAGGGUUGCUGAAGACUCCGGAGAGGGCGGCCAAGGCAAUGCUGUUCUUCACGAAGGGCUACGAUCAGACGCUGACGGACGUACUUAACGACGCGGUAUUUGACGAGGAUCACGAUGAAAUGGUUGUGGUGAAGGACAUUGAAAUGUUUAGUAUGUGUGAACAUCAUUUAGUUCCGUUUUACGGAAAAGUUUCGAUUGGAUAUUUGCCGAAAAACAAAAUUUUGGGACUCAGCAAACUAGCACGUAUCGUGGAGAUGUUCAGCAGAAGACUGCAAGUUCAAGAGCGAUUAACUAAACAGAUUGCUGUGGCCGUCACCCAAGCCAUCCAACCUGCUGGAGUUGCCGUGGUCAUAGAAGGAGUCCACAUGUGCAUGGUCAUGAGAGGCGUACAAAAGAUAAACAGCAAGACCGUCACGUCUACCAUGUUGGGAGUGUUCAGAGACGACUCGAAGACACGCGAAGAAUUUUUGAACCUAGUCCAGUCAAACUGAAUUCUGCCGCCAAGACAGCAUCAACAUUGCAAUCAUGAAACAACCGCUGCGGUGUCAUUACACGACAGCGUACCUCUAUAAUCCCAACGGACCGCUAUUAUCAUUCGUACAUAUAUAUGCAUAUAUUUAUAUGUACGUACUUACCCAUAUAUCAUGUUUAUAUGCAACAUAUAGCGUUACACAAACUUAUUAUAGCCACGCACUUUUAUCUACGUAUACACGUGAAAAAAAAUGUCUACUGAAACAUGUGUGCGCACUUCUGAUUAAAGCACACGAUACUAUAAAUAUAUAUAUAUACAUCUAAUAUCCAAGAGGCUGGGCAUGGACAUUUCCCUUAAAAAAAUCAGUUAAUCGCGAUAUUGACAAUUUACAAAACAAGCUAUACUUUCUAGCUAAUGUUAUUUCCAUAAAGUACACCCUAUAUCUAUGAAUGUUUACCAAUCGUUAUAUUUUUAUUUUUUAACGUAACCCAUCACUCAAUCGAAGACUAAUAUUUUAAUCUCUAUUUUAUCUUGUUUUUAAGAACUUAUCGCUAUCUAUAAGUAACGAAACACAUAAUAAUAUUUUUUCGUUAUUCGCAGUAUUAAAUUAACGAGAUGAAAACAAAUAACUGAUUAACUUAUGUCCAGACUUGUUUAUAUUAACAUAUUAUAAUAUUAAAAUAUAUACGUCCAACCUAGUGUUAAUCGAAAACUAUCGUAAUUAAUAUUAUCUACUACAAUUAUUGGUAAACCGUAAACCAUAAUAAGCCCCGGUUCUUCUCCCAGCUCAUUUGUCCCUCAGAGACGAUAAUUAUAUGUGUUUGUUGUUAAAAAGAAAAAUCUAUAA